UCUCCUCUGCGGACGAUAUCCUUGCACAGUUUCCGACCAAAGAGAGACAGAGAUUGGGUUCGCGAGGAAGAGAUUCGUGUCAAGAGAGAGAAAGCGAGGUCUCUAGAGAGAGAGAGAGAUAGAGGCGAUUUCCUUAGUCUGGGUUGGUGCAACUCAGUGUUUCAGUUUGUAGAGAGAGAGAGAGAGAGAGUUCGCGAUGAAUCAGCGAAGGGGAGAGAGACAAAAUUCGCCGGCGGCGUACAACGUUAUCCUUAAGCUUCCGCAGGGAGACAGUCCUUACGUCCGAGCGAAGCAUGUUCAGUUGGUGGAGAAGGACCCAGAGGGAGCGAUAGUGCUGUUUUGGAAAGCGAUAAACGCGGGAGACAGAGUGGACAGCGCACUGAAAGACAUGGCGUUGCUGAUGAAACAGCAGAACAGAGCAGAUGAAGCCAUUGAAGCCAUCAAGUCUUUCAGGGACAGGUGCUCCAAGCAAGCUCAAGAGUCCCUUGACAACGUCCUCAUCGACCUCUACAAGAAAUGUGGGAGGAUCAAGGAUCAGAUAGAGCUGCUGAAACAGAAGCUGUGGAUGAUCUACCAAGGAGAAGCUUUCAACGGGAAGCCGACCAAGACGGCACGGUCUCACGGGAAGAAAUUCCAAGUCACGGUCGAGAAGGAGACCUCUCGUGUUCUGGGGAAUCUGGGUUGGGCAUAUAUGCAGAUGCGGAACUAUACAGCGGCCGAGGUGGCUUACCGGAAAGCACAGGUGAUAGAACCGGACGCGAACAAGGCCUGCAAUCUGUGCACCUGCCUGAUGAAACAGGGGAAACAGGAGGAGGCGAGGUCCAUCCUCUGUGAUGUGAUUCAGGGGAACAUCUCUGGAUAUGAAGAUCCGAGAUUGAGAAAUCGGGUCAACGAGCUUUUGAGGGAGCUGGAGCCACCGCAGGAGGCGGUGUUCACUUCCACGGUCAUGGACGGCCAUGAAGGGGGGCCUGAUCAGUUUGUGAAGGAAUGGACCAGACCUCAUAGGAUGAGAAGACUUCCGAUUUUCGAGGAAAUCUUGCCUCUCAGAGAUCAACUGGCUUGCUGAUGAUCUCCUUCUCCUUCUCUUGUCAGAUACUCACAUGUAGGAAUGAACUAGUUUACUUCUUGUAAGCCUGUGGGCGGGCAUCAUCAUAUAUAAUACAUAUUACAUACAAACAAACUGGAGAAUAUGCCCACCCACUAAGUAUAUCUUCAAUAAAAAGGAUCAUUCGACAAAAAGAUUACACGCUCACGAAACACAAAUCCCCUAACCUACUAACCAAACCGACCAAAAGUUUUUACAUCUGUUUCAAACAUUGAUCCAUCAGGAUCAUUUCCAGUGUUACACGGUUGCACUAGCAUGAACACUGGUAAACGAAAUAAAGAAAAA